AUGCAGGUUAAGGAGGAACUUGAGAAGAGAGGCUGCCAAGUAAGAACUGGUUGUGAAGUAAAAUAUGCAUCUACAAAUGAAGAAGGUUGUACCAUAGCUUGCAAUGAUGGUGCUAAAGAAGUAUUUGAUGGAUGCAUAAUGGCUGCACAUGCACCAGAUACUCUGAAAAUGUUAGGCAAAGAGGCAAUAGAUGAUGAAACAAGAAUACUGGGUGCUUUCCAGUAUGUCUAUAGUGAUAUUUUCCUUCAUCAUGACAACACAUUCCAGCCUCGCGACCCGGCAGCAUGGAGUGCUUUUAACUUUCUUGGAACCAUGAAUAGUAGAGGAUGUGUGACAUAUUGGCUCAAUAUAAUCCAGAAUCUUGGUGACUCAAAGCUGCCUUACCUCGUAACCCUCGAUCCUCCUCACACAUCAGAGCAUACGUUGCUUAAGUGGAAAACAAGCCACCCAGUCCCGUCAGUUGCUGCAUCAAAAGCUUCAUGUGAGCUACAUCAAAUCCAAGGGAAGAGUGGAAUAUGGUUUUGUGGAGUAUAUCAAGGCUAUGGCUUGCAUGAGAAUGGACAAAAGGUAGGUGUGAUUGCUGCAGAUGGCAUGCUUAGAAGGAAUUGUAGUAUUCUGGGCAACACCAAGCAUAUGGUACCAACUUGGCCUGAAACUGGAGCAUGCCUCAUCGUUACUAGAUUUUUCAAAAUUUUCAUUCAAACAGGAUGCAUAAUCUUGUUAGAAGAAGGAGGUACAAUUUUUACCUUCCAAGGAACAGAGAGGAAAUGCUCUCUCAAAGUUUCUCUUAGAGUUCAUAGUACACUGUUUUACUGGAAGGUUGCAACUCAAGCUGACAUAGGCCUUGCUGAUGCUUUUAUUCAUGGGGAUUUCUGUUUCGUUGAUAAGAAUGAAGGUUUUCUUAGUCUUAUCAUGAUAUUUACUGCCAACAGAGAUUUGAAAGCACCUGUUAAAAGGUCUAGCAAGGAAAGAGGCUGGUGGACACCAGUGCUUUUUACAUCAGCACUUUUUGCAAAAUAUUACAUUCGUCAUGUUUCAAAUCUAAACAUCCUGACUUAGGCUCGUCAUUAUGACCUGAGUAAUGAAUUCUUCUCACUCUUUAUGGAUGAGACAAUGCUAUACUCAUGUGCAAUAUUCAAGAGUGAGGAUCAAGACCUGAAAGAUGCACAGCUGAGAAAGAUUUCUGUUCUUAUUAGAAAGGCAAAAAUUAGCAAGGAACAUCACAUUUUAGAGAUUGGAUGUGGUUGGGGAAGUUUUGCUGUGGAAGUUGUCAAGCAAACAGGAUGCAAAUAUACUGGUAUAACUCUCUCCGAGCAGCAACGGGAGUAUGCACAGUUGAGAGUUGAGCAAGCAGGCCUUCAGGAUCAAAUUACGGUUCUCCUAUGUGACAAUCGCCAAAUGCCAAAUAAGGAAAAAUAUUACAGGAUUAUAUCAAUCGAGAUGAUAGAACAUGUUGGUCACCAAGUGCAUAUAGAACAUGUUGGUCAUGAGUUCAUAGGGGAAUUCUUUACUUGCUGUGUGUCUGCUUUGGCAGAAGAUGGGCUUCUAGUUCUGCAGUUCACUUCAGUGCCAGACGUGAUGUAUGACGAACACAGGCAUAGGCCAGGCUUUAUAACCGAGUAUAUAUUCGCAGGUGGAUGCUUGCCUGCACUAAGUCGAGUAACAUCAGCCAUGGCUGCUGCAUCCAGACUAUGUGUAGUGCACCUGGAAGAGAUAGGAAUUCAUUUCUAUCAGACACUGAGAUGUUGGCAGAAAAACUUCUUGAAAAAUCAAAGCCAAAUUCGUGCUUUGGGAUUCAAUGACAAGUUCAUCAGGGCAUGGGAGUACUACUUUGACUACUGUGCUGCUGGAUUCAAAACGCGCACACUAGGAAACUAUCAACUAUGA